UUCAGCCUUGGUAGAUCUACGCUCAUCAGAUGUGUCUGGGCUGCCAUGGGUUAGGGGUGUCGACAUGUCGUGAUGAAUAUAAAAUCUAUCGUAUGACAGUUAACAGCUGUUUUACAAGUGCGAUGAGACGUCUCUCCCUGUUAAAGGUGAGAAGGUGAGCUGCUGAGGGGAGAUUGGUUACUGCACUGCUUAUAUGGACCUCUAUUAAAGUUUGAUAACUUCAAAAUCAGACUUUGUUUUACUGUAGAGUGAUGGCUAAGCCUUCUGUGUUUUUUAUUUGUGAAUUUUUUUUUUUUUUUUUUGGUAGUUCUUUGUAUGUGUCUGAAUGUGUAUGCACACAAAUGCUUGAGUUUGUGUGCUUGCGUGUGUGUGUGCGUAGUUGUUUGCGUAGCGGCAGCUCUAGUUUCUCACCAGCAUAAGGUUACCCAAUGCGGACUUUAAUAGAUUAAGCCACUCUGAACCCAAAUGUAGAACAAGCAACAGGCAGAAACAACAGCCGAUAGGAGACCCCUCUCUCAUGAGAGGCCCCAGCACCUUGGAUUCAUUGUGUUGACCUCCACCUCAAAAACAAAUGACAAAUAUCAAUUUGAAAUACUAAACCAGUGGGUUUGUCCUGGUGAAGGCUGAAUUCGGUGGUUGUCUGAUAUCUGGAGCCACAUGACUGUCCAGGCUGGAAGGAUAGAGGUGGCGCUAGUUGAGUUUGAGGGUAUGGAGAAUACUAACGUUGUGGACAAUUUCAAUGACCCAGACUAUCCCAACGAGAUGACGACUUUGACGGUAGAAAUGCCAGAGUUUGGGCCUGGCAGCACCUACUGCAAUUCUGCAAAAGUGUCACCAUAUAAAGAGAGGACACCACAAAAUCUGGACAAACCGCAGUCACCUGUCCUGCCCCCUCACACGAGGAGAGGGCGCGCCAGCUGCGCUAGUCUGAUUUCCAACUGGAAAUUACUCCUGAACAGUGAAGGAACGCAAAGUGAGACGAUCUUCAGUAAACUGGCCAAAGAAUACGAGGACUUGUUUAUUGAUAAGCGACUUCUCGAUGACGGCGAUCAAAAGGUCAUCAUUAACAUCGCCGGUCUUCGCUUCGAAACCCGCCUGAGGACCCUCGACCAGUUCCCAGACACCCUUCUGGGUGACCCAAUGAAAAGAAUGGGCUAUUUUGACCCCAUGAGAAACGAGUAUUUCUUUGACCGCAAUCGUCCGAGCUUUGACGGGAUCCUGUACUACUAUCAGUCAGGGGGGAAGGUCCGCCGGCCCGCAAACGUACCUUUAGAUGUCUUCACGGAUGAGAUCAUCUUCUACGAGUUAGGACAGGAAGCCAUGGACCAGUUCCGCGAGGAAGAAGGCUUUAUCAAAGACGUGGAGAUCCCAUUGCCAUCCAAUGAGAUUUACAGGCAGUUCUGGCUGCUCUUUGAGUAUCCCGAGAGCUCAAACGCAGCCAGAGGGGUCGCUCUCGUUUCCAUCUUCGUCAUCGUCAUCUCCAUCAUCAUAUUCUGCCUGGAGACUCUCCCAGAAUUCCGUGAGGACCUGGAGAUUUUUCCAACUGCAGGUGUUUCCUUCAACCAGACGCAUCCCUCAGGUGCUCCUCCAAGUGCCUCUCCCAAAACAAUCAGCAGCACCUUCUCCGACCCCUUCUUCAUUAUUGAGACCGCUUGCAUCAUCUGGUUCUUCUUCGAGCUCUGCGUGCGUUUCCUGGUUUGUCCCAGCAAGCGGGAAUUCUUCAACAACAUCAUGAACAUGAUUGACAUUGUCUCCAUUAUCCCCUAUUUUGUCACUUUGAUAACUGAGGUCGUGACCACCACCAAUAAGUCCAACACGGGACAGAAUAUGUCCCUGGCCAUCCUGCGAAUCAUUAGACUGGUGCGAGUCUUCAGGAUCUUUAAGCUUUCCAGACACUCCAAAGGGCUGCAGAUCCUGGGCCAGACGCUCAAGGCCAGCAUGAGAGAACUUGGCCUGCUCAUCUUCUUUCUCUUCAUCGGCGUCAUCCUCUUCUCCAGCGCCAUCUAUUUCGCUGAGGUGGACGAUCCUAACACCCAGUUUGUUAGCAUCCCUGAUGGAUUCUGGUGGGCUGUAGUGACCAUGACCACUGUGGGAUAUGGAGACAUGUGUCCUAUUACGUUAGGCGGUAAGAUUGUGGGCACUCUAUGUGCCAUUGCUGGGGUGCUGACCAUCGCCCUGCCUGUGCCUGUAAUCGUCUCCAAUUUCAACUACUUUUACCAUAGAGAGACAGAGCAGGAGGAAAAGCAGCCCAUAGCUGAGUCAGCCGAUCAAGCUUUAAAGUCAGGGAACAAUACAAAAAAUGGAAGUAGUUCCUCUCUGAACAAGGCAAAUGGGAACUGGCAGUCUGACAAAUCUAAGUAUUAACACCCAUAUCGAAACUUUAUUUUCAUGAGCGUGAAUCUCAUUAAACACGUUCAGGUCAUAUUUCACCACAAAAUCAAGAGACCCAGAUAGCAUACUGCAAGAUGUCUUCAUCUGGAAAGCAUCUGCUGUGUAUAAACAUCUGAUAGAUGUCUUUAAGGUGUCAGUAUUACUUACAUUCUAAAUCAUAGACAUCUUAAAGACAUUUUCUAAACGUCUAUUUGACAUCUGAUAGAAAUUGUCCUAUAGACGUAUUGCAGAUGGGCAAGCACUCUAAAAAAUACAUCUUGCAGAUGUCUCCGUGAUGUAUGUGUGCUAUCAGGGUUAUAUUUUGCAAAAAGAAAAUAGUCUAUUUUAGUAAAUAAACACAUUCUCAUUCCAGUUCUCAUAAAAGUAAUGCAUCUGGAUGUUUUACCUUUAUUUUGUAAUUGUCAUUAUUCUCAAUGGCUAUUUUCAUCAGAUUCUGAUUAAUGUAAUAGAGUAUCUUAUCUUUAUCAGUUAAAUGCUUUACAGCAAGUACUUCCAAGAUGAAUAAAUAAAUGCUUUACAAUUUAUAUAGUUACGCUAUACAUUUUUCAGCAAUAAGUUUUUUCUGCAUUACAUUAAUGCAAAUGAGGAAGACAUGUAAUGCAAAUAAUUCAAAAUAAAUAUUGAUGGUCCUAAAAUAGGCUAUAAAAUGACUAUAGUUUUUGCUGUUUUGCAAAAUUUGUGAAAUAUGACCUUGACAAGUUCUCCACAGGUUUUUUUUUUUUUAGAUUCAGCCAAUAAUGUUAUUAUAGUGCUUCAGUGUUUGCUAGAUUUUUUUUUUUUUUUCAAUUCUUGGGAACAGAUUAUUAUAAAUGUUACCUAACUUGAAUGAUACGAAUGUGAUAACAGUUUCUCUGAAAACAUAAGUAGCAGAAUUUAAAUUUCAUGUUAGAUUUCCAUCUGUGUUGCGUAAUCCUUUUAUUAAAUUAUAAUUCAACCUAAACCAUAAUCUCAUAAACCUAUCACAUCCGGUCCACUAUGUGUAAUUAAAAAUUACAGAAUCACUCUGAAAAUUAAAUGACAACUGCACUGUCAUCAAGUGUGUUUGGGUGACUUCCAUCAGCAUACUACCAUUUUGAGUAUGCAAAAUGGCACCUUUAACAUUUAUAUGUAACACCAUUGUCUCUAAGUAUGUGUUUUCUAAUAUAAUUGCAAAUUAAGUAUUUCAUAAUUGUUUCAUUUUGCAUUUGAAAUGAUAAUCAUUAUGGUUUGUUGUGGCACUUUAGAGGAAGCUCAGCCAAUGAAGAGGAGAAAUGCAUCCAGAGUUUUCCACUUACAGUCCAUAUUCAUUUCUAUGAAUGAGAUGAGCAUAACAGUGCCUUUCACUCAAAUGGGCUGAACCUGUUGUUGCAGGCAUGCUGUCAUACGGGUUUUAUAUUGAGUGGAAUUGAUUUCCUUGUAUUAUUGGUGAAUGUUGUCUUGAUUUGAAUGAAAUAUAUAUUCAUAAUCCUAUCAAGACAAGACAAAAAUGAUCACUUUCUCAGAUUCAACAGUUACCUAAGGAAAGUUUAGAGAAAUUAAGAAUUUUCUUUGAGAAAAACACCCUAAAACGUGAUAAAGACAUUUUGCUUAAUAAGUGAGAAUAUACAACAUUUUGUUGGAAAGAGAAUCAGGGAGCUAUGAGCCAAGGUCUCAGUGUAUUAUAAGUUGUUUUGCAAAAUCUUGUGAAUCUUGUUGAGCUGUUUCCCAAGACAUACUGGAUAUAAACACAUAUUUUCAUUGUGUUUUUGAUGUUAUAACUGCUGCUAUUUUAUAAUUACCUGAAGUUAUGUCAUUUUAGUAUGCAAAGGUAGUGUGUUAUUGUUCUUUUAAUAGGUGCAGGAAGACAUUAUUAAGCAGAAAGCUGUCAUUGUUAAUCUGACAUUUAUUUGCACAUUUUGCCUCUAUAAUGAUGGUUCUUCACAGACUAACCGAACAUUGGUGGUUGUGCUAGAGAACGAAUUGUAUAUUUAAACCCUUUUAUUCUAUACUUAGAAUCUAAUGAGAAUAUUCAGAGCCUUUGAAAAUAUUAAUAAGGAAUCUUCAGGAACUUGAAUAUCAUGUGCUUAGCCUGACAACUGAUCAUAGUUGGUUGUAAAUUUAUGACUGUAAAUAAGUAUCAUAAAGCCAUUUACUGUGGUAAUAACUGUGUAAUGUAUGUAUUAAAAUGAUACAUUGUGUAAUUGUUGCAGUGUUUGACCUGAAAUGCAAAUCCCAGUGAUAUGAAUCAUAGGCUGCUGGUGUGGUCACUUCAAAACGUUUCAAUAAUUGUCAUUAUAGACUUGCAUUUAUUAGCUCAAGAAGUAAUUUUGUUCUUUUAUGUUAGACAUGACAUGUCCCUGUACUGAUAUAAAAUGCUUUUUUUUUUUUUUUUCAUAAUUUGGCAGGACAGCAAAGACUAAAAUUAUUCAAAUUGCAUUUUCAGUAAAAUAUGGAAAUCAUCUUGCAGUGUGACUGUCCUCAACAUGAACUGCAAUAUAAAGAAACCUAUUAAAAUUAAUAAUGUGAAAAGAUGUUCAAUUAAAAGAUAUUGGCAUUUAUCAUCACAAGUGACUAUAGUCAUGGAUUUACACAUUACCUAAAAAAAUUAAAUUGU